AUGUCUACGAGGGCAAGAAGGCGCCUUAUGAAUGAUUUUCGGAAAAUUAAACAGGAUCCACCACCAGGUGUUUACGCGGUACCUCAGGAUGACAAUAUUCUCCGUUGGCACGCAGUCAUUUUGGGGGCUGAUGGCACACCCUUUGCUGAUGGCAUCUUCAAACUCGUAAUGGAUUUCACCGAGAACUACCCAAAUUUACCUCCUACCGUAAAAUUUGUCUCAAAAAUGUUCCACCCUAAUGUUUACGCUGACGGUGCAAUCUGCCUUGACAUCCUACAAAAUAUGUGGUCUCCUUCGUACGACAUCGGCUCCAUACUGACAUCCAUACAAUCCCUCCUUGGUGACCCCAAUCCAAAUUCGCCAGCCAAUACUAUAGCCGCGGAACUGUUUGAAGAAAACACCCGGGUCUAUGAAAUGAAGGUUCGCGAAGUUGUCGAGGAGUCUUGGAAGUGUGAUGAUCUUCCAGAAUCGUCUUAA